GGGCGUGGAAGGGGAGGGGGCUGAUGGAGAAAGAAUGGCGGUGCUUCCGUGCCUGGGGCAGCGCUCCCGUCCCGUCCCUCAGCGCUGCGGGAAGCGAUGGCAGCGGCUGCAAUAGAGCACGCUUUGCUUACUGCAAACUCCGCGUCUUUACGAUGGGCAGCGGCUUGGCAGGAUGGGCAGAGAAAGAAAUCGAAGGAGUCCCGAAGGCGUGUGACUCCCUGAAGCCUUACCCUGUUGGGAUCCUUCUCCUCUGGUGUGCUGGGGGUUCUGGUGCUGCUUUGUGCUCUGACGAAUGGUUCAGUCGUUCUCCCUCUGCAGGCGUGGAAACCUUGUGCUUCAGUAUUGGUGUUUGCACAGACUGCUGUGGGGUGGACAGUUAGGAUGGGGGGGAUAGAAGAAAGGACUGAAGGAGGGGCUCGGGAGGAUUAGAAAGGUGGGAGAAAAAGGAGAGAGAAAGGGGAGUGGAAAGUGGAAAUAAGGCAAGAUGGAGGAGCAAGAGAAGCAGGAAGGAGUUCAGUGCAGUUUGACAUGUGAAGACAUGCGAGAAGCCAAAGAUGGUGUUGGUACCAUUCAGCUGAGCAGCGUGUGCAGGCAGAGGAUCUGUCUGGGGAAGCCAAACCACGCCUACAGAGCAUUCCUGUGGACAUGCUACAUCUUUCAAAGUUCAUUUUGUUUGGUUCACACAGUUGGUGGGAGGUCCUUUGCAGUACAGAGCCCAACCCACACAGCUGUGCUUGGCUCUGAGCCAUCAUGGGGGGAAAGGAGAACCCGCACCUGUUGGUUAUACCCAAGGAAUUCAUCAGGACACUAUCUCUGAUCAAAGCGGGCUUUAUUCACCACUGCAAUGCCGGCUGUCCCGCAUACAGCAGCGCACACAGAAAGCAGUGUUAUGUCUCUUAUGCCCAGCACCACGGUGAAGCCCUUUGCUCCCUGGGCCCUCCUCGCCCACCUUGGAGCUCGGGCUGAUGUUUGCAGCUUUGUGAGAAACACGCUCCAGGUCUACAAUUUCGAAUCAGGCCGAGAUCUCUGUGAAGAGCAGUUUGUCCAUGAUUGCAACAACGGGCGCACGCCCCCUACUGCCAAGGCAGAAAUUGCGCACCUGAUCAGUGAAAUCCACUCCGUUUUCUCCCCUGGGUCCCACACAGGCAAAGCCUCUCCUGGCACUCAUUGGUUGAGCAUCUCAGGCUCACAAUGGUCCGAAGCUGUUGCUCCAUUAUGUUUCCAUACAAUGUCUGUUAGCAACCCAUUGUCUUUGGGUAUGUUCUGUACCUUUUAGGGAGACAGGAGGACAACAUUUCCAACAGUCUGCACACUCCUUCUGUCCUGUGCUAGGCUCUCCCCUACCCUAUAGAAUUUCCUUACCUGGUGCCUGUGCCAAUUCUACCCAGGAGGGAAUGCCCCAGUCUCAACUUUACUCUGUUCAGCAGCUUUCUCUGUGAAAAGCAACUUCACCUACACUGCCUACAGAGAUACUGGAAAUUUCCACUGCAAAAACACAGUGUACCUCUCACACAUGUCUGACCGGGUCCUGACAUGGUGGUGGGGUCUCUCAUUGUGGGUGCGCCUUUUGCUUCCAGAGGACGUAGUGGUCAGCUCUGCUGCAGACCCAGUGCUUGUGUAGGUGGCACAGGGAUGAGCUGAUCCUGUCCCCGUUCAGGUACGCACAUCGGCCUCCACCUCUCAGCUCAAACCUGUGCCCAAGAGGGAGGAGAAUGGGAAAGCUGCCCCGAUGCGCUGAGAAAAGCUGGGGCUGCCUCUCCUGGGGAAGGAAGGGCAGAAAGGGCUCAUGGUGGAGCACCAAGCCUGAGCCUGGCGGGCCACGGUAAACCACGGCUGUGGCACCAGGAGAAGAUCCCCAUCCCAAAGAGAGCCCGUGGGAAGUCAUGGCCUGGACAGCUGGACAGACAGACUGACCAGUUGGUGAAGGCUGUGCCAUCGCUCCAUGUCCACUGGGCGUCCUCUUCUUCCCUGUGCAGCCCGAUCCAACAGUUUGCCGGGCCCUGGAAGCGCAUCAUGAAAUCCUUUAAAGGAAGAGAGUGUUGAAUGUCAGGAGGUUUUAGCAUGUGUCCCACCCACAUCUCAGGCUCCAGCAGGCUGCAAGGCGCUGCGUUCUGCUGCAUGGAAGAAGCUUGUUUGUGCUUCCAUGGCACAAGAGCUGCCCCCGGAGGUGCACAUCUCAGGAUGUCCCCCAGGUGGAUGCGGGAGGGGUUAGGGCAGUAAUGUGCCGCUGUCCCUCCCCAGCCUGGUGCCUUCCCCAGAGCUUUGGGCUCAUGUCCCCAUCUCACCAUCUCAUCUUCACUGCCUAUGGUGGCCAGGGAAGCUCCGUGGGCAUUGCAGUGCUCCCUGCUGCUGUUCCAAUCAUUCUCCCCCUUCAAAAAAUAACAGCAUUUCCCCUGGAAUCCGACCCAGGCGUUGGGGCACACGUGGGCAAAGCCUGGGAAAGGUGGGAUGGGGGCCCGCCAACACACUGAAAAUGAGGAAUUGAACAAAUGUGGGGCAAGGAGCAGGACAUCUGCAUUUCUCUCACCUCCCUCCGACCGCGGUGGGAGAUGAGGCCACAGCACGUCACAGUGCAGCCCGGGGGCGGUUAGAAAAGUUGAGCAGAGCAUGGUGUAGGGCACCACGUGGCUGCCCCAUAGCACGUGGGAGCAAGGCUGUGCUUGGGGAGCGCAUCCAUGUGCUGGAAACCCCAAAUCCCUGCUCUGUACCCAAACCCGAGGCAUCCUCUCACCGUGGGGACGCUUGGUGGCACUCACCGGUCAAUAUCACCACCAGCACGAGGAUGAGUGCUCCCAGCGCUGCAUGCACGGCAGUGAGCUGCACACAGGAUGUCCUUCUUCCCAUCCCAUGGCACGAGGAACCUGGGAAGCAGCGAGCGGGUGGGGGCACAUCCUUCUACUCCUGUUCUCCCCCAUGCUCUCCUUCCUGCUCAGUCCCCACCAUUACCCCAUUGGAGUCCUCCACUCUGCCCAAGAGGCUCCGGUGCUGCUUGGUGCUCUAAAAAUGUUUCCUGUUGGUCUCCUUCUCCCAUAGCGGGUGUGGAAGUAUUGGACUCCAGCAGCGAUAUCUGCACAUCCUCUUCUGGGAGCUGGGGGUCAGAACUGGAGGGCAGAUGUUGGUAGAAGUGGUUUUCCUCUUUAUGUUUCCCUUUUUUCCACCCAGUCCGCUCUUUUGUUCCCCAUCCCCAGCCUUACCCUGUUGGGAUCCUUCUCCUCUGGUGUGCUGGGGGUUCUGGUGCUGCUUUGUGCUCUGACGAAUGGUUCAGUCGUUCUCCCUCUGCAGGCGUGGAAACCUUGUGCUUCAGUAUUGGUGUUUGCACAGACUGCUGUGGGGUGGACAGUUAGGAUGGGGGGGAUAGAAGAAAGGACUGAAGGAGGGGCUCGGGAGGAUUAGAAAGGUGGGAGAAAAAGGAGAGAGAAAGGGGAGUGGAAAGUGGAAAUAAGGCAAGAUGGAGGAGCAAGAGAAGCAGGAAGGAGUUCAGUGCAGUUUGACAUGUGAAGACAUGCGAGAAGCCAAAGAUGGUGUUGGUACCAUUCAGCUGAGCAGCGUGUGCAGGCAGAGGAUCUGUCUGGGGAAGCCAAACCACGCCUACAGAGCAUUCCUGUGGACAUGCUACAUCUUUCAAAGUUCAUUUUGUUUGGUUCACACAGUUGGUGGGAGGUCCUUUGCAGUACAGAGCCCAACCCACACAGCUGUGCUUGGCUCUGAGCCAUCAUGGGGGGAAAGGAGAACCCGCACCUGUUGGUUAUACCCAAGGAAUUCAUCAGGACACUAUCUCUGAUCAAAGCGGGCUUUAUUCACCACUGCAAUGCCGGCUGUCCCGCAUACAGCAGCGCACACAGAAAGCAGUGUUAUGUCUCUUAUGCCCAGCACCACGGUGAAGCCCUUUGCUCCCUGGGCCCUCCUCGCCCACCUUGGAGCUCGGGCUGAUGUUUGCAGCUUUGUGAGAAACACGCUCCAGGUCUACAAUUUCGAAUCAGGCCGAGAUCUCUGUGAAGAGCAGUUUGUCCAUGAUUGCAACAACGGGCGCACGCCCCCUACUGCCAAGGCAGAAAUUGCGCACCUGAUCAGUGAAAUCCACUCCGUUUUCUCCCCUGGGUCCCACACAGGCAAAGCCUCUCCUGGCACUCAUUGGUUGAGCAUCUCAGGCUCACAAUGGUCCGAAGCUGUUGCUCCAUUAUGUUUCCAUACAAUGUCUGUUAGCAACCCAUUGUCUUUGGGUAUGUUCUGUACCUUUUAAGGAGAUAGGAGGCAACAUUUUCAACAGUCUGCACACUCCUUCUGUCCUGUGCUAGGCUCUCCCCUACCCUAUAGAAUUUCCUUACCUGGUGCCUGUGCCAAUUCUAUCCAGAUCGGAAUGCUCAGUCUCUUCUUUACUCUGUUCAGCAGCUUUCUCUGUGAAAAGCAACUUAAUCUAAACAACAGACAGAAACACUGGAAAUUUCCACUGCAAAAACACAAUCUACCUCUCACACAUGGCUGACCGGGUCCUUUCUCCAGGUGAUCUGUCAGUGGGUCAGGCCAGGACUCAGCAGUUCCCAUACAGGCAGCGAUGCCAUGGGGCAGCUGUGCCACGACCUGUCUGGGGAGGAGAAAACAUUCCACAGCGCUGCAGGAAGAGGGGGAGCAGCUGUGGUUUUCUAAGUUCUCUCCUCCUACCCAGCUGUAGUUCUGCCCAUAGCAGUGGUUGGUGCACUCACUGUGGGGGGGCCUCCGCAGUACACAGCCCAACCCGCAUGGCCGUGCUUGGCUCUGAGCCAUCAGCUGAAAAUGAGAACCCGCACCCGUUGGUGAUACCCAAGUAAGGUAUCAGGAUGAUAUCUCUGAUCAAAGGAGGUUUUAUUCACCAUUGCAAUGCCGGCUGUCCCGCAUGCAGCAGCACACACAGAAAGCAGCGUUACAUCUUUUAUACCCUGUUACCCAACGUUGAUUUCUUCCUCCCAUGGUUCCUCAUUGGCUGAGUGCUUCAGGUUCACAAAUCUUCCCGACGCUCAGCUGAACGCAUCCAUACCUGCUGAGCACAAAUCGUUGCUAUCUGAACAUGGAUACUGCUCAUUGUUUUGCUUCUCCUCCUUCAAUUCCCUAUCACUCAGGGCUUGUCUGUCCAGCACCAGCAAUUAGCAGUCUUCCAACAUAACGAGCCCAUUGAUAUCCCUGUCACAGUGUUUGGGAGUGGGAUGUGCAACCUGUCUGUACCUCCAGGCUCAGAGCUAUUCCAGACGGCUGCACAGAGCAGAACUGCAGUCUCUGUACCAAUAAAUGACCCCAUCCACCUCAUCUCUGUGACCAUCAAUUACUAAGUUGUGCGGGCAGCCCCGAAGCUUCCUGUUUCGAGCCAUGGACUCCUCGUCCCCUCACGGCCUCUGAGCUUACGCUCUCACUUCUGACAAGCCUCGAGAGCGAGAUCUGCCUGGCGCUCGGUGACGUCGCCCGCGCUCACGGUCUCCAUUGGCCGGGAGGGGCGGAGACACCAAUGGGGUCGCGGGGCGGGGCCUGGGGUGUCCGCGGAGUGGAGCGGUGCGGUACGGUGCAGAGAGGUGCGGUGCCGUGCCGUGCCGUGCCGUGCCGUGCCGUGCCGUGCCGUGCCGUGCCGUGCCGUGCCGUGCCGUGCGGUGCCAUGCCAUGCUGUGCCAUGCCAUGGGUCCGUGCGAGGCGGUGUUGCUGGGGCUGCUGCUGGGCGCCCUGGGCGCGGCGGCGUGCGGGUCGCACUCCCUGCGCUACUUCAAGACCAGGAUGACGGAUCCCGGCCCCGGGAUGCCGCAGUUCGUGAUCGUCGGGUACGUGGAUGGCGAACUCCUCUGGAACUACAACAGCCUGGGCCGGACGGUGCGGCCCAUCGUGGGCUGGCUGCCGCAGGAGGACCAGGAGCACUGGGAUGCAGAGACCCAGAAGGCCCGGGACGUUGAGCUGCAUUUCUACGAGUUCCUGGGCAGGCUGCAGGUGCACUACAAUAAAAGUGGAGGGUCUCACACGCUGCAGAAGAUGAUCGGCUGUGACAUCCUGGAGGACGGCAGCAUCCGAGGGUACGUUCAGUAUGCAUUUGAUGGGAGGGACUUCCUCGCCUUUGAUAUGGACACGAUGACGUUCACCGCAGCCGAUGCGGUGGCAGAAAUCACCAAGAGGAGGUGGGAGGAGGAAGAUUAUACUGAGGGAUGCAAGCAUGAGCUGGGGACCAUCUGCGUCCAGAACUUGAGGAGAUACCUGGAACACGGAAAGGCAGUGCUGAAAAGGAGAGAACGGCCUGAGGUGCGCGUGUGGGGGAAGGAGGCCGACGGGAUCCUGACUUUGUCCUGCCGCGCUUAUGGCUUCUACCCGCGGCCCAUUGCCAUCAGCUGGAUGAAGGACGGCAUGGUCCGGGACCAGGAGACCCACUGGGGGGGCAUCGUGCCCAACAGCGAUGGCACCUACCACGCCUCGGCUGCCAUUGAUGUGCUGCCGGAGGAUGUGGACAAGUAUUGGUGCCGGGUGGAGCACACCAGCCUGCCCCAGCCUGGCCUCUUCUCAUGGGAGCCGCAGCCCAACCUGACUCCUUCUGUGGCCGGGGCAGUCGGCGCCAUCGUGGCUGUCAUUGCUGCUGUCGUUGGAGUCGUGGUGUGGAAGAGCAAGUCAGGGAAGGAGAAGAAGGGUUAUGAAGCAGCAGCAGGCCACGAUGGGGAAUCCAGCGUCUAAGCCAUGGUUAGAGUGUGAAACCGGGACUCAGGAGGGGUCCCUGUGGUUGGAGCGGUCCCAGUUCCCUGCGCUUUUCCGUUGGGCCCACAGCUGGGACAAUACUGGGCCCACCCUCCCUGGAGAACCCCCAGGGUGGUGAGUCGGGACGGGGACGUGGUCCCAUAUGACACCACCUCUUCUCACCCACACAGAAAGUGAACUUUCCAUCUGAGUGCUGUGCUACUUCAGCCAGCCCUGCAUGCAUGUGUUUGGAGUUUGUGGGUGUGUGUAUCUCUGUUUGCUCAACUUCCUGCAUCUCCUCAGGCUGACGCAGUGUGUGCUCCCCUGCUCACACACUGUUUCCAACAGUUAGCACAUGGGUUCUGCCCUGUGCUAGGCGCUCUCCUACCAUGUAGGAUUAUCUUACCCGGUGCCUGUGCCAACUGUACUCAAGUCGGAAUGCCCCAGUCUCAACUUUGUUCAGCAGCUUUCUUUGUGAAAAGCAGCUCUCAGCGCUGUGCUCAUUGUAGUCAGCCAUUAGCUUCAAAACCGUGUUGGGCAGCUCAUGCCUUGGAUGGGUGCUGCUGACCAGGCUUUGAGCCAAGCUGGCAUGGUAUGGUAAUUUUGCCAUUGGUAUUCCACAUCAUAGCAUCCUGGACAGCCCGGGUAAUUACAGGGUUAAUUGUCCGGUUCCGUGUACUGACAACCUUCCAGAUACCUGCUUCUCGAAAGAGAAGAAGAACUGUGUAUCCCAGAGGACCUCACGGUCAGAGAGGGAAGAUACGGCACUGAAAUCACGGGAUUUGAGUUGCGUGAUCAGGCUCACACUCUCUCUCUGACAGCCACGCAGAGUGCUGGGUGUGCUUCCGAGCUGUGCGCCUUCAUUCAAGCAGAGCUUUCGGUUUUGGAAGCUUUCUCUUAUUUUACCUGAUUUAUUACCCGCACUUUCAAUUUGAUUGUAUUAUAUUGUGUUAUCUUGCAUUCCAAUAUCACGUUUAGUAAAAUAAGUUUUCCACCUUA